UCACAUAUAUCUGUGUUUCUUGUAUUGAGAGGUGAUAUAAAUACCGAUGGAGGACGGACAGGUGUGCUGCAGGUAAAUGCGCGCGUCAGUCACGUGACUGAACUAUACAACACGCACUUCACGGUCAGUCCAGCAGAUCUGCGCUUGGGAGCAUUCUCUUCUUGGGAUUUGUGUUAAGAAACCUCUUAAACUAGUUAUUAAGGAAAACAAGGAGAAGAGUUUCGUGAAUCCGGUCAAAAUGUCGUUACUUCCUUAGUUACCGUCACUAUGGUUACUGAAAACAAGCCUGACGGGAUGGGAGCUGUGCGGUGCUGCGUUAGGAACGGGGAAGACAUGAACGAGUCACCAGGUUUGACAGACUACCAGCUCUUCAUCAGAUGCUCUUCUCAAACAGAGUCUGCGGUGUCCCCGGGCCUGUGUGCAGGGCUCAGUCGGUGUUAUUUGGAGGAGCGAGUGUUUCCGGUGCUGCUGCCUGGACUGGAGGCUCUGCUCGCAGAAGCGCAGAAGCACCGCUGCACGGAGAGGAAAAAGACGGCGUUUAAUGGCUGUGACUUCCUCACUGAAUGGCUAUACAAUAAAAACCCUCGGGCAGAGCGAACACCUACACAUUUUCAUUCAAUCCCUUUCGUCCAGAACUGGCUUCUUGAACAUCCCAGGCCGCACAUCCCAGCGUCUCUGCUUCUAACAGACGAGCAAGCUGCAGUGUUGAUCCAGGCUUUCUGGAGGGGAUAUAAGUUUGGUCGGAGCUGGCUGAACUUGAUGGCAGUGCUGACCAGCAUGUGGAGGCUGGUGUGUCCAUUGAGGUGGUUCCUCCUACACCUCAGAGCAGAGUCCUGUGUACACCAGCUCCUCAGAGCGCCUCAGAGAGAAAAGAGCUGCUCAAGCCAAUCCUCUCUUCCCAGCGCACCACCACUCUACAUCAUGUCAACAACGUAACUGCAGAAUGAAGAAUUCACUGCUGUGGCUCUGUUUCAGUGUUUCUCAAACCUGUCCUAGGGACCCCCAAACGGCACAUUUUGUAUGUCUCCCUGAUUGGUUACACCCAUUUCAUGUCUUGUAGUCUCUGCUAAUGAGCUGAAGAGCUGAAUUAGGUGUGUUUGAUGGGGGAGACAUACAAAAUGUGAAGUGCUGGGGGGUCUGUAGGACAGGUUUGUGAAGCACUGCUCUUUUUGUUAUUAAAGGAAUAGUUCACCAAAAAAUUAAACUUUGCUAAUAAUUUACUUGCCCUCAGGCCAUUCAAGAUGUAGAUAAGGUUGUUAUUUCGUUGGAACAGAUAUGGAGAAAUUUAGCAUUACAUGGACCCUGUAAAGUGAAAGAGUAAAAUAA